AAGCGAUUAAAUUAAGCGAUUAGAGUCAAACAAUCACUAUGUUUCGUUCGUGCAUUUUGAUUGCGGCGUUGAUCGUCGUGAUCAAUUCAAGCCCAACCCAGGAAGGAGGUAAGGAUUGGUACAAGAAUAGUUUGAUAUAUCAGAUCUAUCCGAGAAGCUUCAAGGAUGAUGACGGGGAUGGUAUUGGCGAUUUGAAGGGUAUCACAAGUAAAUUGGAGCACGUCCGAGAUAUCGGCGCCGAUGCACUAUGGCUGUCACCGAUUUACAGUAGUCCCCAAGCAGAUUUCGGCUAUGACAUUUCUAAUUUUACCGACAUCCACGAAGAGUAUGGAACUCUAGAAGAUUUUGACGAACUUGUAGAGACGGCAAAGAAUUUGGGACUGAAAGUAAUCCUUGAUUUUGUGCCGAAUCAUAGUUCCGAUGAACACAUAUGGUUCAAUCGGAGUGCCGCUCGUGAAGAGCCCUUCGACGAGUUCUACAUUUGGCGUGAUGCUAAAUGUGACAAAGAUGGCAAACAUCCGCCAAACAACUGGUUAAGCGUUUUUGGAGGCUCUGCCUGGGAAUGGAACGAGGAACGAGAGCAGUAUUAUUUGCAUCAAUUUCAUGCUAAACAACCGGAUCUCAAUUAUCGUAAUCCUAAACUACGAAAAGAAAUGGAGAAAGUAUUGACUUUCUGGAUGGAUCGAGGUGUGGAGGGUUUUCGCAUCGACGCUAUCAAUCACAUGUACGAGGAUGAUCGAUUUUUGGACGAACCGUUAAGGGCGCCUGAAUUACCUGAGGAUGAUUACGAUAGGUUAGACCAUAUUUACACGAAAAAUCUUCUCGAGACUUACGAUGUUCUCAAAUCCUGGAGAGAAUUAAUGGACAAACAUCCGAAAACUGCUGACACAAAGAUGAUCCUGACCGAGGCCUACACGGAUUUUAAUCUCACUAUGUUGUAUUAUAAGUCGGGUUCGACUGUGCCGUUCAAUUUCAUGUUUAUUUCUGAUCUAAAUAAUAAAUCUAAAGCCGCCGAUUUCAAAUACUAUAUCGAUCGUUGGGUGAACAAUAUACCUAGCGGUCCGGAAUACGUCGCGAAUUGGGUAGUGGGCAAUCACGACAAUCAUCGUGCAGCUAGCAGAUUUGGCGAUAAUCGAAUUGAACAACUUAAUAUGUUAGCAACCAUUUUGCCUGGCGUAAGCGUAGUUUACAACGGUGACGAGAUCGGCAUGGUUGAUAGGAAUUUUACAUGGGAAGAAACCGUGGAUCCUGCUGGAUGCAAUGCUGGACGAGACAGGUAUGCUGAAAAAUCACGGGAUCCGGAAAGAACGCCUUAUCAAUGGGACAACACCACUAGCGCCGGUUUCUCCAACAAUACUGACACGUGGCUUCCAGUGAACGAGAAUUACAAAACCUUGAAUUUGGAAGCGCAAAAGUCCGAGAACGACACCUCUCAUUACAAAAUGUUUAAAUUGUUAGCGCAAUUGAAGAAGAAGAAUGUCAUUAAGCUGGGCUCUUUAGAAACUUCGUUGUACUGUUUUGAUUGUAUUGGAGACCAGAACGUUCUAGGGGUGAUACGACGAUACGAAACAUCCGUCGUGAUGCUCUUAGUGAACUUUGACGAAAAUCCGGUAGUCGUCGAUGUCAGGACCUGGUUGAAUAUUCCAGAGAACUUGAUCGUUUAUGCGUCCAGCGUGGACUCCGACCUGAAUCAAGGAUCGCACGUCGAUGUGGCUAAUGUCGCUCUGGAGGGCGCGGUUUCCGUUGUACUUACAACAGAAUUGGUCGAGUAAAUUUCUGCUUAUCUUAUGACUAACGGGUAACUCUCUAAUAAAACAAAGUUUCAUAUAUGUGUAUGUGUGUGUGUGUGUGUGUGUGUGCGCGCGCCCGCGCGCGCGCGCGUGUGUGUGUGUGUAGGCGUGAACAUAUUUUCUUUGCAAAUCACAUCAUCUUAUGCAAAUCUGAGAAUCAAUAUUGAAAGAAAACAUCUUGUAAUUGAAAAUAAUUAAAAGUAAAUUUGGUGGCAUUAUUGUGUUAUUAUUAAUUGCAAAACAUUGCAAUAGAAUCCAAAACUGAUGAUCUAACUAAUUCGCUCGUCUAUGUAUUUAUAAAACGUACAUUCUUGUUCAAAUAAAUUUUAUUGUAACCUGA